CCGGUAAUCCCAAAAUCAAGGAACAAUGCGUCACGCUGCGUCAAAGAUAACUUCACCGGUUUACUCACAUUUACGUACUUCUUUCCUAUUGGUGAAUGAGUCCAGCUCAAAUAAAGAAAAAGUGGAGCUACUUAACAUAGGAUACAUAUAUAUCCUCUGUAGGCCUUAACAAGACGUUGAAAGCCGUGCAUUAUCAUUCAAAUUUUUCAACGAGCAUCUAAAGUCGCGUAUAUGAAACCGAACCGGUUGUUUGCCAUGCAGCGCAAACCUACGUAUUCGAGACUGACGAAGAAAUGCGAAUUCAGACUUUUAAUACUCCACCCUGGCGAGGACGAGCAAGAUAUACAAUGUGAGCUCGCACAUUCUUUGCUUCACAAACGUCCGCAAUUCGAUGCUCUUUCAUACGAAUGGGGAGCACAGCCUGGAUCUACCGAGAUAUCAUGCAACGCUCAACUUACGUUUGUAACGAAUAAUCUCCACGCUGCUCUUCAAUCCCUUCGCCUACCUGAUAAGCAACGGGUAUUGUGGGUAGAUGCGUUGUGUAUUAACCAAGCCGAUAAAGAAGAAAAGAGCCAUCAGAUUGCCAUGAUGCAACAAAUUUACAGUUCAGCAACCAGAGUUUUGAUAUGGCUUGGGAAAGAGACACAACUUGUUCGAGCGGCUUUCGAAAUAAUGAAACCUUUGGCCCUGUUAUGGCUCGAUCGUGCGACGAAGGGGGUGGACGAAAUGAAUUACCUUGCCGCCCGAAUCUUCCAACGACCAAAGAACAAAUCAAUACUUGGAACUAUUACAGACUGCUUUCACUUCUCUUAUGAUCUCAAACUGUAUGACCUGCAAAGGAAGAUUGAAUGCUCUGAUGAUGAAAUCUUCAAGUUUUGCGACGCAGACAUCUGGCAAACUAUUGACAAUAUCUUCCAAAACACCUACUUCCAAAGAUGUUGGAUCGUUCAAGAAGUGGCGGUUGCUGAUGUCCCUUACGUUGUGUAUGGAAAUCUCCAUAUGCCUUGGGAGGUAUUUCGCAACGCGCAUUAUGGAAGACGACUGAUCGCAUUUGUUGGACAAAAGUCAUACGAAGACGGCCCUUUGACCUGUGUUGAGGAUGCACGGAAGCGCUUUAGGAAUCCAAUGACUAGUACGGAUCUAGCCAGUGCACUUGCAACCUUCACAUAUGCCCACCAGAGCUGCGAGCAAGAUCAUGUGUACGCUGCACUUGGUUUAGUCAAAACCGGGAGCAUAAUCAGUCCUGACUAUACGAAAACACCCCAACAGGUUUUCCUGGAGGCAGCAACAUGCAUUAUCAGGGACAGAAAGGAUCUGUAUCUGUUAGGGAACAAGACUCUGUUUGCGAAAAGAACGAUGCCUGACAUCCCUACCUGGGUUCCGGAAUGGACAGGGCCAACGACAGAGAGCUCGACAGAACACUACAGCCACAAUUUAAGCCAGUGUAUCGACGGGAAAAUUGAGAUUCAAGAUCGAAGUUUGUUCGUCAACGCGCUCCUUCUUGAUUCCAUCGAGCGAGUCUACCCGAUUGCAGAUGAUGAGAUGAUUCUUCAAGCAUUCUCAGGCAUCAAAGAAGAGUUUGAAAAGGCAGAUAUAAGCCUUUUUGAUGCUUAUGUGGCAGAUAAUCGGCGCGGUUCGGCAUCUGCUAGUCCAAAAUGCUCAAUAGAUUCAUGGAUCGACAACCUAGGGCAGGUAUUCGCGUUGAUAACAAGGUUACCUCGUGUACCACAACUACUCCUGGAGAUUUUUCGGGACUUCGGUCGAUUCACCCCACAUGAAUUGGAUGGCACAACACUCAACAUAGAAUCGCUUUGGUCAGCAAUGGUACCACAAUCUUCUUUACGGCCUCGGACUGAGGCGCCUAUCUGCGAGAAGUUAUUCCUUGCGGUACAGGUUAUCUUCUCUCUGACAAAUACUAGCAGGACAGGGGUCAUGCAUACCAAAGGGCUACCGAAAGGGUAUGGGCCAUGGAUGUUAGCAGCCACCCUAAUCGCUCACACUGAAAUCUCCUUAACCCCUGCAUUUCGAGAGAUAUAUAGCAAGCACGCCCUUCGCUCAAACACAGAGGACGAGUGUAUCUUCAUCACAAGCUCAGGAUACCUUGGAAGAGCACCAUAUCCUGCAAUCUCGAAGGGUCAAAUCAUUACUAUACUGGGAGGUGGCUAUGUCCCAUAUGUACUAGAAAGACACGACAAUCACUAUAAACUUAUAAGUCAUGCAUACGUGGAAGGAGUUAUGCAUUUGCAGCGCAUACCUGAUGACAUGACUAUGGAACGUUUGGAGAUCCGGUGAUAGAGCGACAAUGGAGAUAAGCUGAUAAUAAGGCACUGUCAUACUUUAAAGUGUUUUUAUCUACAUAAGUGAACUUAGUACUGUAUAGUGUAUGUAUGCUGGGG